AUGUAUUUUGAAACACAAUUCUGGGAGAAGUUGUUGGAAAUGAACCCAAACCUAGAGGAGGAACUCUAUGAGAAAAACUACUGGAAAAAUGUGUCAAUCAUUACAUUAUAUUCCCUCAUAUUUGUGAUCUCAUUGUUAGGCAAUUCACUCGUCAUAUACAUCAUAUUCAGUAAGCGUCGGAUGAGGACAGUCACCAACUUUUAUAUCGCAAAUCUCACGUUUGCCGACCUUUUAAUGACAUUAAUUAACAUACCGUUCAGUACGGCCAGGAUUAUUUUGGAUAACUGGCCAUUUGGUGAUUUAAUGUGUCAGUUUGUGCCAUUCAUCCAGGUCUGCUCAGUAUAUGCCUCGACGUUAACGAUGUGUGUCAUAAGUUUGGACAGACAUCAGGCAAUAAUCUACCCGUUCGGUCGCCGUCUAAGUCAUGUACUUCCCCUUAAGUUUGUGAUUCCCAUGAUUUGGAUCCUUUCCUCACUACUAUCCCUACCUCACGGAUACUUCAACGAAGUGGUCACUUACUACACGUACCGAUCGCUAAUCCGGUGCCGACUCAUGUUCCCGGAGCCCCAGUAUGUCUACAGACAGUGGCUGACGAUCUUGACAUUCGUCUCGCAAUACGUGAUCCCACUAUCGAUCGCAACGUUUUCUUACUGUAAAAUAGCUCUUCAUAUUCACCGCAGAGUUAUUGUCGGCAACUCUACGCCACAACAAAUCGCUAAUAAUUUGAGGCAAGAAUCCAUAUUAAUGUCCAACCGGAAGACCAUCAAAAUGUUAAUCCUUGUUUUGGUGGUGUUUGCCGUGUGUUGGCUCCCAUUGAAUCUGUACCACCUAUUGGCCGACUUCAUGCCCGACAGCUAUCAGCAUAACUUCAUAAUACUGAUAGGCUUCCACUGGUUCUCCAUGAGCUCCGUGUGCUAUAACCCAUUCAUAUACAGCGCGAGGAACUCCUACUUUCGUGAAAGCAUCCGAAACUUCUUUCGGUUCGUGUUCUGCCGGUGCGAUCGCAUCACAGAGAGUGCCAACAACGCCAACACCUCUCCAAACACUCAGUACAUGUCUUUCCGACACAGCUCUCGGCUUAUUAGGAGAGAGUCCAGUAAUACGCCGAAUGGGGACGAAAAUAAAGGCAGUUUUCAAAUGAGAAGUUUGGUGUGA